AUGAAACUAAAUCUCUCCUUUACUCCCGAGGUAGAGAAAAAGAGUGAUAGAUCGUUGGGGCAUAGAAAGGAGAGGGCGUUGGCAUUGUGGACCAACAUUCAGCCUUACCUGCUACAUAAAGACCGUUCGGUAGUUGUCGGUAGCUUCAUGGCUGAUGGUCGGAAGCAAUCAAAAUCAGGACAAGCUGAAGGUUUGAUUUCUCCACCAAAGCUUGCCUCAGGAGCAUCAGGGGGCAGCCCCCAGUCACGUGGAACACUAAGCGAGUCCUCAGGAGGGCCGGGAAGUCCUCUAAACCAAAGCACUGGAGCCUGCAAUAACAACAAUCCGCAGGGCAUGGCUACCAUGCCUUGGAGAUAG